ACUGUUCUUACCGCUAAGAAUACCUGUUCUGAAAUUCUAUCGUUUCAGAUGUAUAACGGUCAGGAAUCGUACAAGUUAUUUGAUUCAUGCUUGCGCAUGUGAAAAAUUCGCACGUUGCUCGGUUGAACUGUUGUUGAAGAUGAUAGAUUUUGCAAAUCUGUUGCUUUCUCUGAAAAACACCUAUUUUUAUUCACGCAGUUUCGAUUAUUAUGAAUAUUUUUCGUAAUAUUGUAAACAUUAUGUACCUUGUGUUAAUUACAGCUUAACGAUAAAGACGAAGCAAUUCAAUUACUGACACUAUAUUUAAACGAAACCCAAUAUCAGUACAGCCAAUGCUUUGAAGAGGCUGCCAAGCAAGACACAAUCUUAGAGUUUCAACGGGAAGCAGUCCAUCAGCUGAGACAAAAGAUAGAGCAAAUGGACAAUUCUUUAAUUGUCACUAAUUUACACUCUGCAUAUUUUGCCGUAUUGAGUACAAUACAGGAACAGCUACAGAAUCGCCGCAAAGAAUACGAAACCAUCUCAACUAAGAUGGAAAAUCUUGUGAAGUCGAAGAACUGUUUAGAAGAGAAAUAUAAAAAUCUGAAAAAAUUAUGGCAAGAAGCAAGCGAAGAGUUGCAAGAACUGAAGUCGAUUUUAACAAAGAGGGAAAACGAGAUAAAAGGUUAUCAAACGGAUAUUAGUAAUUGUAAAGCAGACAUGAAGGAGAAGAAUUGUGCGAUGAAAGAUUUGACCAGCAAACUGGCUUCGAAGGAUGCCAGAAUGAAAGAAAUGGAAGAGAUGCACAGCAGAAAGAUAAAAGACUUGGAAGAUUUAUUGAAAAAGUCUGAAAACAUUGAGAAGCAAUUACGAAACAAAAUAUUGGUUUCAACUGAGAGAGAUAAAGACAUGAGAAAGCAGCUACAGAAGUAUAAAAUAGACUUGGAAAUAUUCGAAGAGGAAUUGAAGUCCGAGAGAAAAUCUAACGGUGAUGUCGAGCAAUUGCGGAGCGAAAAUGAAUCUUUGAAGCAGGAAUUAGGCGAUCAUACAAGAGAAACUGAAGCUGUAGUGAACGAGCUGCAAAUACUGAAGGAAAAAGAAAUUCAUUUGCAACAAGAAUUGAAGGAAAAUGAGAGGACCGAAGAAUUGAAAAACUUGAACGAACGUCUGAGGAAGGAUUUUGAGAUUCUACAACUAGAUAAAAAAAAUACUGAGUUUAAGCUCAAAAGAUGCGCAGAAACAAUUGCUCGCUUACACGAUGAAGUCAAUCUGAAGAACAAAGAAAUGAAAGCGCUAUCUGAUCAGGUCAAGGAUUUUGAGGAAACUAAAACAGAGAAUUCUCGUUACAUGGAACAGUUGGAGAAACAAUUACAACUGAGUGAAGAGCAGACCGAAGAGUGUCUUGGCGAAUUGAAUGUUUCCAAGGAAUUAUUAGCCGUACUUCGCGACAGAGUUUCUUCACUAAAAUUGAUACUGCAAGAAAAAUCAGACGACAUGGUGAAGCUACAAGCCGACCAUCAAAUUCUCAAGAAUGCUAACUCUAUACUGAAAGCGGAACAAGGUAUAUUCGAAAACAAAGCAAGUGAGGACAUCAACGAUUUGAAAAAAAGAUUGAAAGGUGUUCAGACGCAGUUAUCUCUAAUGGAAAAUAAUUAUCGCAAAGUAACCCAAGAUUUCAACAAGAGCCAAGAGCUUUUGGUCGAGGCAACGAAGAGAGAGGUUGAUUUACAACGCACACUUACAUCGAUGGAAAACAAUUUGCUGUCAAAAUUAUCAUUAGCAGAGCAGGAGGAAAAUCGUCUGUCAGAUAUCGUCGACAAACUCAGCGAGGAACUGGAGGAUGCCCACAACGAGCUUUUGACCAAAAGUUCUCAACUUUGUCAGGCUCAAUGCCACAGCAAAUGUUACGCCAAUCAGCUGGAAUCUGUCCAAAAAGAAUGUCAAAAGCACAAAGACGACAGCAACGCUCUGCGAAUUACAGUUAAUAAACUAGAAGCGAAACUGAACGAGCUGAUGUGUUGUAACGAUACUGAAAAUACGCAUUUGAGGACGCAAAUUGACAAUCACACAAGCUGUAUCCGCUCUCUCCAAGAAAAAUUAUUGAAAAUGGAAGAAGUUAAAUGCUGCUUAUCAAAACAGUUGCAACAAUCUUUGGAAGAAAAUUGCGAUCUUUCUACUAAGAAAAGCGUACUUGAACAAAAAAAUUUCAAAUGUGUAUCGGAGCUCCAAGAUAUGCAUAGAUCAUUGCUUGAAUUACGACAAGAGUAUCAGGUGAAGGCAAAAUCACUUGUCAGCAUGUCAGCCGAAUUGAGUCAAGUUGCAGUGAGUCGGUCAGAGUUGUGCACCGAGUCGCAACAUGUGGUGUCAUGUAUUCGCGCCUGGAUGGAUGAGCAGAAGAAUUUGGUUGAGACAUUGGCAUCUAAGCUCAAUGUUAAACAACAGCAAGUGAUGCAGCUUGCAUUUGAAAAAAAAGCACUUCUGGCAACAGUCAGAGAACUGCGACGAGCUAAUUGCGCACUGACACAGAGAAUAAAGCGUCUCCACAAGCCUUCUGUGUGCAGCAGAGGAACGAAGAGUGUGUAUAAUGGAUACAGAUCAUCCCAAACUUUCGUUUCAAAUUUUCCCAACGGUAGAACCGAUCCAUCAAACUCCAACCAUUCGCGUGUAGGAAAAAAAUCUUGUCUUGGUCCAAUAAGAAAUGCUCGUCGUACUUCAGUGUGCGGUAAUUCUUGGUGGUUUCCAAAAAUGGAACAUUUGACUCAAGAGUUGAGAAGGAACAACCAGUGGUGGAGUAAAAAUGCAAUCAACAAGGCUGAGAGCGAUCCUGGGCUGGACGAAAGUCGCGACUGUGGUUAUCAGUCGUCGACGAGUAAGUGAGCAAGCUCUGAAGACUAUCUGAUAGAAUCUGCGUCUGCCAUGGGCAAUGGUAUUUUUACUUUUGUAUCAUUUAUAUAACAAUGUGAUGAUAUUUGUGCCAGCGAGGCCAAGAAGUUAGUCAAAUUUGUAGUGAACAUCUCGUUUUUACCUAACAACGAAUGUUUUAUAAUAAUACAUUAUGUCAUUGCAGCUAAUUUUUUCUCAGACCAAAAUAUACCGAUGCUGAAUUUAACACCAAUACGUUACAAUUUGUCCUCUUCUUUACCACGAUAAUGAGCAGACUCAUUUUCCAGUCUCAGUAUCAAUCUAUAAUUUGGUAGACAAACAAGUCUCAGCAAAGGUAAUUGUCGCAUGUAUAUCGUCCAGAAUAAAUCAAGCACUUGCUUGCUUUCUGUCGGUGUAAAUAUUUCGAUGCUUUUCGGUGGAUGCUGAAAGAAUGAUUUGAAGCAGAAUAUUUGGCAGAAUUUCACGUGCUAUUAUCAAUUCUUUGAUUUGUUUUCCGAAUUGUUUGUAAUGUACAGCUCAUUCAGGCCACACGACUAUUCAAACUGACCAUAACAGAAUGCAGCAGAACACUUUCCUUGAAAAAUUCGUAUGUAUCAUCAGCAGUGUGCCAAAUUGUUGUUAGAAAAUAACGAUGCGUGAAGUAAAAAAUUCCAAUCAACGAGGAAAUCGAUAUCUCGCUAUAUGCGUUAUCUCUGUGAAUUACAAUUGGCAUGGUUACUUUCCUGUAUAAUACUGUACAAUAUGUAACAUUGUGUAUUUAUUGGCUGAAAGCUAGGCGCUGCUUUGUAAGUAUUGUGUAAGUAAACCAAUUUGCUAUGCUAGAAUUAGAAUCUGAAAAUCAAACACAUACCUUGCAAAUCUGAAAACUUCCCAGAUCAAUUGAAGGAAAAUCUCUUUGUUAGUGCCAGUAAAUAUAAUUGUAUCCGGCAGCUUCUUUUCUGAAAUUGAUUAAUUGGAAUGUUAUAUGUAUGAAUUUAUUAAAAUCGCAUAACUUUUACAACGAUACAAAGUUAUCAGUGAAUACAACACGUGA